GACCACCCAUUUCAACAUCAUCUCCCACUUUAACACCACCUACGAGUAUAUCUCUCUACUCCCUCUUACUCUUCAUAAGCUACCCGCUGAGUUAUCGAGUCGUCAUCUACUACCUCGCAUUACCUCAUAACCCCAUUCAUACGCAUCAUCAAUAGCUGGCCCCCUUUAGAAAAACUCUUCAAGUCAUCGGACGGAUCCUCAAUCCUCGGUCGUCAUCGUUGUCUCUACUGCGUUUGCUAAGGGACUCCCUCCUCGUAGGCAUCGACCAGCUUUGCCUGUUACUCCUCAUCCGCUCGAGGAAGGCCUCCGUCGACCACGAACUCGCUCUCAACUCCAGCGCCAUUGGACACUGGGCUUUGGAUUGACGCCGAACGAACCCACUGAAGGAGAUAAACCAUCACCACCUCGACCGGACUUACCCCAUCGAUCUCAGACCAUUGCCGACAUCAUGCCAGAAGCUCCCGUGACCCGGGCAAAACUCCCGCAACCUCGCAAUCUACUCUUCAUCGAACCAGACGUGCCAGUAUCUACCACUACCUCUGCUCAGACCACGCCUACGAAAGAAUACGAGCAUGACCCCAUCAAGCAUCUCGCUGCCGGGUUGAACGGUGGCCAAGCAGACGAUACCGCUGGCAAAGCUCUGGCAGCCGCUGUAACCAAUGCCCCUCGUGGUCAAUUAGGUUUGAAAGAGACCAAGCUACCUGGGGUUCAUUCCGAGCCUGCUGAGUAUUACGGCGGCGCCGAGGUCUCCACUCGUGCCCGAACUUUCAGCAGCGCCGCUUUCGGGAAACAGCGACCUCCUGUCAUGGACGGUGCCUCCAGAGUUCGACGUCUAUCCCAUGACGAAGUCACCAAAACGGCACCUAGGCGUUUCUUGAUCGACGUCGAGGACACUAUGAGACUUAUUCUCGAGCAGGAAGACACCGAUGGCAACUUUCAAAUAUCAGUUACCGAUUCUGGUCCCAAACUGCUGGCUUUGGGCACUGCCAGUUCCAACGCUCACAAGUCUCACGACAUUCGAGGCACGUAUAUGCUGUCUAAUCUGCUGCAAGAACUUGCUCUCGCUCGAGAUUUUGGCCGCAAGCGCAUUGUACUGGAUGAGGCACGGCUGUCGGAGAAUCCAGUUGACCGAUUGUCUCGAAUGAUCAAAAAUUCAUUUUGGAACGCCUUGACUCGUCGGAUCGAUGCUGAAGGACUUGAAAUUGCCUGUGCAGAUCCCAAAAACCGUCAACGGGAUACUGGCGCUCGUAUAUAUAUCCCUCACGGAGAGCACGAGAUGUUCGAUCACUACCAGCAGAUCGCUGUCGAGAAGCCCAAUUUGAGGCUGGGAGUGACCAUGUUACCCAAGCAGUGUGACGACUCUCGCUUCGUACAAAGCCUCAACGAACAUCCAGGAAUUUUGGCCUUGGCGAUGGCUCGGCACGUGGACCCUGUCACUCAAAAAGUCACUUUAGAAGCAUUGCCAUUUGUCGUUCCGGGAGCACGAUUCAAUGAGAAAUAUGGUUGGGAUUCUUAUUUCAUGGCUCUCGGUUUACUCGUCGAUGGCAGAUUGGACCUUGCACGAAGUAUUGUUGAGCACUGCAUAUUCGAGAUCAAACAUUAUAACAAGGUCUUGAACGGUAAUCGAUCAUACUACCUGUGUCGUUCUCAACCGCCUUUCCUCACUGAUCUUGCCCUGCAAAUCUUCAACCAAUGUGAUCGUAGUCAGUUGGAAACGAACAAGGAGUGGCUCAAGCGGGCCAUCCAGGCCGCCAUUAAGGAAUAUCACCUCUAUUGGAUGUCCGAACCAUCACUGGACAUCAAGACCGGGCUCUCCCGAUACAGACCAAAUGGCCUGGGCAUACCUCCCGAGACAGAAGCCUCCCACUUCACCCACGUGCUCCAACCAUUUGCUGCCAAGCGAGGCAUAUCCGUCAACGAAUUCAUCGACGCCUAUAAUGAUGGCACGCUCGAAGACCCUGAGCUGGAUGAGUAUUUCUUACAUGAUCGCGGCGUCCGAGAGUCUGGUCAUGACACCAGCUACCGACUUGAACGUAAAUGCGCCGACCUGGCCACUGUAGAUCUCAACUCUCUUUUGUACAAAUACGAGUCAGAUAUCGCGCAGGCUAUCCACUAUGUCUUCGAUGACAGUCUAGAACUCGAAGAAGAGUUUGACUUAUCGCCUUGGCCCAUAACUCCGGACGCGUUCACGAAACCCAGAGAAAAAUCGACGAGAAUGCCAAUGACGAGUGCGAUAUGGUACGAACGUGCCAACAAACGAAAGGCCCUCAUGGACGACUUAUGCUGGAACGAUGGGCUCGGGAUGUAUUUCGAUUACGACACGAAGACGGGCCGGCAGACCAAGUACGAAUCAGCCACUACCUUAUGGCCUCUGUGGGCCGGCUGUGCGUCGGAAGAGCAGGCGCUGAAGCUCGUUCGUUUCGCAUUGCCCAAGCUGGAAGUCGCCGGCGGUCUGGUCUCCGGUACGGAAGAGUCUCGCGGUGUCAUCUCACUCGAUCGUCCUAAUCGACAAUGGGAUUACCCCUAUGCCUGGCCACCUCAUCAGAUCAUGGCUUGGGUCGGACUGGAGCGCUAUGGCUUUGUGGACGAUGCCGCUCGCCUAGCAUACCGAUGGAUAUAUAUGAUGACGCUUUCUUUUGUCGAUUUCAAUGGCAUUGUGCCCGAGAAGUUCGAUGCGGUGGAGCUCACCCAUAUGGUGGAUGCCGAAUACGGUAAUCAAGGUGUCGACUUCCGUUAUGUUCCACGGGAAGGUUUUGGAUGGAUGAACGCGGCCUUUCAGGUGGGCCUGCAGUGUCUCACGACUGGUAUGAGACGUGCCGUUGCCAGCUGCGUCGCUCCUUGGGAAUUCUUCCACCUGGCCCCUCCAGAUUUCCCUUCAGCCCGACGACGACGUGCCGAGCGUGAGGCUCGUGAAGCUGACGCCGCUGCAUCUGGCCAGGGUGGGAUGCCGAAGCUGUCUUCUCACGCUGAGCUGCCAACGUUGGAGCAGACGAUGGCGCAACUCAAGGUUCUGGCAACUCAGCCUUAGCGGUCACCGUCCUACUUUGAGGGGUUGCUUCCUCCUGCAUGCUCAUCAUCACAAUGGACUAUUCAAUACAUUGGUACAACCAUUUUCCACUUUCCGUGUACAUUCCCGCACAUUAUCAUGAUCAUUCUCAAUUGAAGAGAAUUAUACUCGACGAUGUAUCCAAGUUUUCAUG